AGCCGCUGCUGCCGCCGCUCUAGCCUCCGCGCUCCGUGGCGAGGCCUCCGAGUGGGCGCCUGCGCCUUUCCUCCUCCUCUCUCUCUCUGUCUCCUCAGGAGAAGCGGCUGGUCGGAGCUGAGGCGAGGCGAGGCUGGGCCGGGGCCGCCCGUCCGCCUCCCUCCCUCCCUCCGCCAGCCAUGGAGCUGGAGGCGCCCGAGGAGGCUGCAGGCAGCGAGGCCGCCGCAGGGGCCGAGGCCGGAGCCCUCACCCCGGAGGAGGAGGAGGAGACGGCGGCGGGAGGAGGAGGAUGGAGGGCGCCUCCUCCGCCGGUGCUGCUGGAGCCCUCUUCGGCUGGAGCAGGACUGGCUCUGAAGAAGGCUGUGCUAACAGAGGCACCGUUGUUGACAGGGCAGCCGGGGGCUGGCCAGGGCAAAAAGAUUGGCCACCGAGGGGUUGACGCUUCGGGGGAAACGACAUACAAGAAGACCACCUCGUCGACGCUUAAGGGGGCCAUCCAGCUUGGUAUUGGCUACACAGUAGGGAACCUGAGCUCCAAGCCCGAGAGAGACGUCUUGAUGCAAGAUUUCUAUGUGGUGGAGAGCAUCUUCUUCCCCAGCGAAGGCAGUAAUCUCACUCCGGCGCACCACUUCCCUGACUUCAGGUUCAAAACAUACGCGCCCGUCGCUUUCCGGUACUUCCGAGAGCUCUUCGGCAUCCGCCCCGAUGAUUAUUUGUAUUCCUUGUGCAACGAGCCCCUGAUAGAGCUGUCCAACCCCGGGGCCAGCGGCUCACUCUUCUACGUCACCAGCGAUGACGAGUUUAUCAUCAAGACAGUGAUGCACAAAGAGGCCGAAUUCCUCCAGAAGCUCCUUCCGGGCUACUAUAUGAACUUGAACCAGAAUCCCCGGACGCUGCUGCCCAAGUUCUACGGCCUCUACUGCGUCCAGUCCGGAGGCAAAAACAUCCGGGUCGUGGUGAUGAACAACAUCCUCCCCCGGGUGGUGAAGAUGCACCUGAAGUAUGACCUGAAGGGUUCGACCUACAAGCGCCGGGCCUCCAAGAAAGAGAAGGACAAAUCGAGCCCCACUUACAAGGACCUGGACUUCAUGCAGGACCUGCCCGACGGGAUCAUGCUGGACACGGACACCUUCAACGCUCUGGUGAAGACCCUGCAGAGGGACUGCUUGGUGCUCGAAAGCUUCAAAAUCAUGGACUACAGCUUGCUCCUGGGGGUGCACAACAUGGACCAGCAAGAGCGGGAGCGGCAGGCGGACGGCGCCCAGAGCACAUCGGACGAGAAGCGCCCCGUGGGACAAAAGGCCCUGUACUCCACCGCCAUGGAGUCGAUCCAGGGCGGGGCCGCCCGAGGGGAGCCCAUCGACACAGAUGACACGAUGGGAGGCAUUCCAGCCGUGAACGGCAAAGGAGAACGGCUUCUUCUCCAUGUCGGCAUCAUUGACAUCCUCCAGUCCUACAGGCUCAUCAAGAAGCUAGAGCACACGUGGAAGGCGCUCGUCCACGACGGGGACACAGUGUCAGUCCACAGGCCCAGCUUCUACGCAGAAAGGUUCUUCAAGUUCAUGACCAACACUGUGUUCAGAAAGAGUACCUCUCUGAGAGUGUCUCCUUCGAAGAAAGGGCGGAGUGGACUGCUGGCCGUCAAGGCCUCCGGCCCCAUGGCCUCCUUUUCAGCAAGCCAGAUCCCCUCGGAGAAGGACGAAGGCCAGUACGAUCUCCGGGGCACCAGGAGUUACCCCACUCUAGACGACGAAGGUCGGCCAGAUCUUCUUCCGUGCACCCCUCCGUCGUUUGAAGAAGCCACCACCGCUUCCAUCGCCACCACGCUCUCAUCCACCUCGCUCUCUGUCCCCGAAAGGUCCCCUUCCGAGUCCUCGGAGCAACCUCGGUACAGGCGGCGUACCCAGUCUUCGGGACAGGACGGGAGGUCUCGUGAACAGCUUCGAGCGGAAGACAACCUCCAGCAGAUCACGGUGGAACUCAAGCCCAAGUGUGACAUUGAGAUCGUGAUCCCCGACAUGGCUGCCGCAGGGGAGGCAACCUCGUUGGCGUGCGCCACGGCGCUGUCCAAGGCAGCUGUGGAGGUGGAGACAGCUAGCCAGGCCUCCGAGCCCGCCAGCCAAGCCUCAGACGAGGAGGAUCUCCCAGUCCCAGAUAUAUAUUUUUUCACAGACGGAAGGUACUGGAUUUACUCUCCCCGCCUGCGCAGGCUCCGGGCUGCCUCCGUUUCCUCUUGGGACCAGCCGACAGACGAGAGGAGCUGGGUGUACUCUCCUCUCCACUAUAACACUCAGAUCCACUCUGUCUCCGAUGAGGAGAGUGAUACAUAACUUCUAUGCAAGCCCCCCACCCCAAAAGAAACAACCCCCCUUCCUGCUACCAGCUGCAGAAUCCCCUCUCGGCUGCCCCCUGCAGCCGCUGUGAUGGAACAAGGGAGGGACUUGUUGCAUCGGCGUUCCACUGUUGCUCCGGGAUCCCCAUCCAGCCUUCAGAAAAGACAGAGCCACCACCACCAGAAAAAAAGACAAGAAAAUCUCCAUCACUGCCUCUCGUUCUCUUCUCUCUUUCCCCCCAAACCAUCCAAGCUGUGGCCCAUAAAAAGUUCCUGUCCCUGGGCAAUACCUAAAGCUGGAAGGGGGGUGUCCUUAAUUCUGGGUAGUGACCAAUUUAAAUAUAUAUAUAUAUAAAUAUAUAUAUAUUUCCCCCCCCAAAGUGCACUAUUGUAGCUACCUAUCUGUAUGUGAUACUGUGAACCUCCUUAUUUCCCCCCCCAUUUUGAAAUCAUGUAUUUAUUUUCUUUGUCCUUGCACAGACUGUUGCACUGUUGUGCUUUUUUUGAAAAAAAUUACUAAUAUUAUUGAGAAAUGGUUUACUGCACUUUUGGGGACGUGAGGGAGAGAGACAUCAUUGCAUCAGUGUGGUUGGCGAGACGGGUGGUCACUCUCCCACUGCCUGGGAAAGUGGAUGUUGUGGGGGGGGGUGCUCGAAGAGUGGGGGGUGGAGAUCAGAAGCGCCACCAACAGCCUCUGCACAGAGGGAGUCGGCAUGGCCAAAAAGGUUGCCUGUCCAGCUAAACUCUGCCAACCUCUACAAGGGCGAAGCCAUGGACCAGUCAGCGCAGUACGCUGCAAAUCUUUCCUGCAGCUGUCUUGUUGGAGCUUCUUGUUUCUUUGACGGUUGGAGAGUUGAAAUGUGCAGGAUCGGCUGAGAACCGCCUUAAAGCGUUUCUCCCUUUGGGAUUCUCUUAAGAGGCCAGCGACUCUGCUUUGGGCAGAUGGCUUUUAAUGCCUAGCUUUUUCAACUUUUUAGCAAAUGACCCCUUCUCUUCCCUUAGGGGGCUCUUGUGUGUGCGUCCCUCGCAGCCCUGCUGGGUUGAGCUUCAGGAAGCAGCGCUGGAGCAUUUGACCAGGCACAGCACCCCCAGGCAUCUUUGGGCAUCUACUGAUGCCUGCCUGGGGCUCCCUUUGAUUGUCUUUUUUUGGCGCUCCACACCCGUGUGCCGCCAGGCGGUGAGAUCUAGCCGUUCUUUUUAGUUCCCCACAAUGCCCUUGACCAUCUGAUGCCUCAUGGGAAAUGGAAAGGGUGGCUUGACCCAGCUGCUUGGAGACCCACAAGCCUGUCAGACCCUCACUGACAAAUCUGCACUUGCCAAAACACACCCUUUCCUAUCAGAACGGGGGGACGGGGGACCUCAAGGGUUUGGCCACCUCUGUCUCAUCCAACCUCUUUUUUUCUUCUUUCUGGUGUUGGGGUACCCCAAGAUCGCACCUGACGAUUUAGAAAUGAGCGGUGGCGGGGGAGCCAUUGUGGAUAGAGAUUGAGCAUGUUCCUCCAGAGGAACUAGCAGCUUGAUUCGCUUCAGUUCACCCACGCACACGUUGGUUUCUGAUUUGAGGCUGAGUUUCCUGUUAAGGCAUCCCUGUAAGAGGUCUGUCGCCCUUUGUCAUUUUACUGGGGCAUGAGGUAAAAGAACAGACUCCUCUUCUGCUAGGAGCAUUGAAAUCCGACUGGAUUUCCGGGCCUGCUGCCUCUCAUCAGUUGGUGUCCUUUUUUCUUUUUUUUAAAUUAUCCUUAUUUUCUCUCUGCCAGUUGACGGGCUGGCAUGUCUCUGACCCUGCCUCUCUUGCGCUCUCCAUCUGGGUCCUCUCGUCACAAAAAUCAUCCCCCUGCGAUGGACGCUUCC